AUGGCUUUAAAACGUAUUACAAGAGAACUUCAAGAUCUUGGAAGAGAUCCACCAGCUCAAUGUAGUGCAGGACCAGUUGGUGAUGAUUUAUUUCAUUGGCAAGCAACAAUAAUGGGACCUCCAGAGUCUCCUUUUCAGGGAGGUGUUUUUUUUUUGGCAAUACAUUUUCCAACAGAUUAUCCAUUUAAACCACCUAAAGUCGCAUUUAUAACAAAAAUAUACCAUCCUAAUAUUAAUUCAAAUGGAAGUAUAUGUUUGGAUAUUUUACGAGCUCAAUGGUCACCUGCAUUAACAAUAUCAAAAGUUUUAUUAAGCAUAUGUUCUUUAUUGUGUGAUCCAAAUCCAGAUGAUCCAUUGGUACCAGAAAUUGCAAGAAUGUACAAAUCUGAUAUUGGAAGAUAUAAUCAAAUUGCAAGAGAAUGGACUCAAAAAUAUGCUAUGUAA